CCCCCACUACUUCAGUCUUGUACACAAACUUUGUCAUUGUCAAAUCACAGAUGCUUUGUCAACAUAUGUUGGUGUUUAAUGUAGUUUAAACCCUGUGUUUGUAUUGAGUUUUCCUCUGCUCAGGUUGUGUAUAGUUAGGUGGUAAAUUAAGCGUGUUGUUGAAUUAAAUGCAGUGUGGGAAUGGACAAUCACUCAAAGGUAACAGUUUAAAUCUGUAUGAUGACUUCACCACCCACAACAAAUAUAAACUUAAAUAUAAAAGUAGGUGUUUAGAUAAAAAUUAAGAUUAGGUUUACUGGUGUAGAGAAUAUCCAAUCUGAAGAGAUUAGUUCUCUAUUGUUAUAACUCUUUUAUAGAUAUAUUUAUUUGCUUAUUGUGUAUGUACUGUCAACAGUUAAAUAACUUUGAGGAGCAAUUAAUGAUACAGCUCAUGGUACCUUGUUUCACAGCGGCCAUAUUUCUACCAUAAAUACUUCUAAAUUGCUCAAGCAAUGAAUGUCAAAACUGGUCUACCUGAGGGAAAGAAACAAGAAACACGCCUUCUAGAUCUUGAAAAGACCAUUUAGGAAAAACAAUUGAACAGGAAUGAUUAUUGUGCUGUUGGAAAUUUUACAGAAAUUUCUUUUCAUGGUUUGAUUUUUCAACACACAGCUCCUUUUCUUGACAGAGAAAACAAGAUAUGGUCUAGCUGCCAAUGUUGUACAUAGCCUAUGGUGGUGAUGUUAACAAGUAUUUGUCAGAAUAUGAGCACCAGGCACAAGUAAUUUCCCUUUUUUAGAGAUGCCUUAUUCAUAAAUUAUGAGGGAUGACAUCAGUGCAUGCAUCAGGCCACGUCCCGGAUCAAUAGACACCAAAAUCAAUAGCUCAUUUCAACAUGCUGAGGAGAAAAAGCCAAUGAAAUUCCCAUAUUGAUUAUAUAUAGUACAGGGUUAAUCCAUAUUGAAUAAUGAAAGGGGUUGUGUCUGGGCUUACUGCUGUUGUUUUUGGUUGUUUCUGACCUGGAGUGUUGUCGUUUGAAUGGAUUUUACAGCCAAAUUUUUGUAAUGAUGGUUUACAUAGGAAUUAUGCUGAAUUCUUGAGGGGUAGACACUUGUUGAAGCUGUAUUGAUAACCCUGAGACCCCUAUACAACAAUGGACUUAACUAGUUUUGUAGAGGACUUGUAUCAUGGAGGAUUUUUAUCCGAGAAACAACAAGUGUCCGAGAUUUUAAAAUUCUCAAACAAAAUGGAGACGGACACCAUAAAAGCCUACAGAAUUAAAAAGAUAGAAGAAAUUGGAAAGAUGACCUCCCUAUCUCAAGAGGAGAUCAUCAGUGGCACAAAGACCAUUAUACAGGGCCUGGACACGCUGAAGAAUGAACACCACCAGAUUCUCAAUGGAUUACUCUCCUCCAUGAAGACCAUCAAGAAGGAAAAUGAGGACACCAACUUGAUGGAAGAGAAGACAAAUCGCCUCAAGAAGUCUCUGGAAACAAUAGAACUAGGUCUCAGUGAAGCACAGGUCAUGAUGGCAUUAGCAAAUCAUCUUCAACACGUGGAAGCAGAAAAACAAAAAUUACGAGCACAAGUGAGACGUCUAUGUCAAGAAAACGCCUGGCUACGAGAUGAACUAGCCAACACACAACAGAAACUACAAGGAAGUGAACAAAGGGUAGCCACGCUAGAGGAGGAACAAAAACACCUGACGUUUAUGAAUGAGAUGAGAAAAUACGAUUCCACAGAUCCCAAUCAGCAGUCACAGGUUUCAACCUCAGAGGGAGAAAAAGAAAGCGACCAAUCUACACAGUCCUUGGAUCUCGGCUUUCCAGAUGACGAUGAUGAACCUCCACAGCAAGAAGCCCUGUCCCCCUCACAACCCAGUGCCAUGGCUCAGGCUGCCAGUGGAGGGUAUGAAAUUCCUGCGCGCCUACGCACGCUCCAUAACCUAGUCAUCCAAUACGCCUCUCAGGGCCGCUACGAAGUGGCGGUACCGCUUUGUAAGCAGGCCUUAGAGGAUCUAGAAAAAACCAGUGGCCAUGACCAUCCGGAUGUUGCCACCAUGUUAAAUAUUCUAGCUCUUGUAUACAGAGACCAGGGCAAAUUUAAAGAGGCUGGUAAUCUACUACAAGAUGCUUUAAAAAUUAGAGAAAAAACUCUGGGUUCUGAUCAUCCAGCAGUUGCUGCCACCUUGAAUAAUUUAGCUGUUCUAUAUGGAAAGAGAGGAAAAUAUAAAGAAGCAGAACCUCUAUGUAAAAGAGCAUUAGAAAUAAGAGAAAAGGUUUUAGGAAAAGAUCAUCCAGAUGUUGCAAAGCAAUUAAAUAAUCUAGCCUUACUUUGUCAAAAUCAAGGAAAAUAUGAAGAGGUUGAGCAAUAUUAUCAGCGAGCUCUUGAUAUAUAUGAAACCAAAUUGGGACCAGAUGACCCCAAUGUUGCUAAAACUAAGAACAACUUGGCAUCAGCAUAUCUCAAACAAGGAAAAUAUAAGCAAGCAGAAAGCCUCUAUAAGGAUGUCUUAACAAGAGCUCAUGAAAAGGAAUUUGGAAAAGUAGAUGGUGACAAUAAACCUAUAUGGAUGCAAGCUGAAGAACGGGAGGAGAAUAAAGGGAAAAGUAAGGAAGGAUCUCCAAUGCCAGAGUAUGGUGGCUGGCAUAAAGCUGCCAAAGUGGAUAGCCCCACUGUUACGACCACGCUGAAGAACCUGGGAGCUCUGUACAGAAGACAGGGAAAGUAUGAAGCAGCAGAGAUGUUGGAGGAAUGUGCAAUGAGAUCCAAAAAGAGUGCCCUGGAUGUGGUCAAACAGACCCAGGUCUUGGGUCCUGACUAUUCUAAAGACCACUUACCCCCCAACAAUCAGGGGAGGCGCCGGUCAGCCAGUAAAGAUCGGGGGCUCAGGAACUCCAUGGAAAAUGUGUCGUCAUAUAACGGUGACACGGAAGACGGUAAAUUAAAGAGAAGUGGGUCCUUCACCAAACUGCGAGCCUCCAUACGACGGUCCAGUGCUAAGCUGGUGCAGAAACUAAAGGGAAAGGCCCCGGGCGAGGAUUCUGGCAGCAUUUGGAGUUUAUCAGGUUACCUGGAUACUCCCAUUCCCCGUUACUGGGACGAAUCUAGCGGCCCCUCCUACUCUAGAUCUGGUAUGAAAAGGGCAAGCUCCAUGUCAGUUCUCAACACAAGCAGUAAUCAACCAGAUAAACUAAGUGAAAGCAGAAGGUCAUAUGGGGAUUUAAGUAGACAGGGCAGGACGGCCAGUUCCGACCAGUUAAUCAACCGACCGUUCUGAUGCCGGCUUGAUGUGCAAUCACAUGGGCUGAUAACCAUCAUCAUUCCUGACACUUGUGAUAGGGUUCCGAGUCAGCCCCACCCCCUCCACUUCAUUCUGUCAUCACCCCCGGGGCUCUGUACUUAUUUCAUCAUGUGUGAUUCUGAGAGAAUUUGUGGCUUAGUCACAGUGUUCAUUGCUUCAAUUAUUGUAAAAGUCAAAUAUGACACGAUAUUCUGUGUCGGAUGUUAUAAAGGCCAUUUAAUGAUGAUGUACUUUUUUUGGAUAGGGAUAAAAUCAUUGUUAUUGCAUGUUAUUUAUUAAGAUGAUUUUUUUUUUAUCUUUGGGCUUUUAAGCUACCAAUAAUCACUGUAAAUGCCCAUAAUAAUUUGGUGUUCAUGGUAUGUAAAUGUCAAAGACUGAUGAACAGCUCCUUGAGACUAUAUUAUAUAUGUAACACUGUUGUUGUCAAUUUUGAUGCAUGUAGUUGAGUAUUUCAUAGAUAUCAUAAACAUAAUUGUUUUCUUGAAGAGUAGCAAAGCCUGAUGUUAAAAGGGUGUUUUUAACUCCAAGAAAAACUGAGCAUUAUUUAACUGUGCAAUGCACAGACUUGAUUAUUGAUGGAUGGUUUAGGUGGCUGGUUUAGAUUGAUUACAAGUCUUAGGUAUGCUUCUAUAUUUGCUUUGUAUUCUGGAAAAGGUUUACAAAAUAUUUUUCUUUAUUCAACUUUCAUUGUUAUUGAAAAACUGUUGAAUCAUUGUUUUUCCUUGUAUAGAACGGAUAGGUUAGCUCUUAUGAGGAACACAGUGCUUAUUGGUGAAGCUUGGACAUGUGGUCAUGAGUAAUUCCAUCUGUGUCCCUCACAUACUGUUUAACCCCAUCACAGAAGUUAGCAUUUUUGCAUCAGCAUUGUGCAACCCUUUUACAACUAUGUAUUUUGGGUUGUUUUCUUUCUCUCAACUUAUUUGGACAGUGAAUAUUACCCAGAUGUUCAGAAGACACACAGCUUUAAGAUUUGUUCUGCAUACUCUCCAAUUCUCACACUUGUCAGUUCUGAGAAAUCCACACUUUGGUGUAUUACAGAUAUUUGAGUUUGCCAAACAGUUUGUGUUCAGACUUUUCUCUUCUUUGUUGAAUAGAUUUUAAUACUCACAGUAAGAUCUCUCAUUGCUGCUCCAAGCCUGGGUCAACGUGAUUUGUUAUUAAUUUGUUUCUUCCACAGAGUCGCUCACCAAAACAGAAUGGUGUUUGACUUGUCCUUCUUUGUGCCACCUUUCUGCAGUCACAUGCAGGAAGCAAGAAUUCAGAAGUGUAGAAAGUCUGAUAUGUGUUUGUUAAUUGUAUAGUACCAUAUGUAAAGUGGCAGUGAGCAACAUUGGGUACAAGUUUACAAGGAGUGUGUUAUGUUCAGUAAUAGAAGGGUUGGGUUAUAACAGCGGACUUAUGAUACAGGUGCUUGCCUUAUGGGAAUCAGGAUGUCAUUUUCUUAUCAUCGGUUCAGUUUUUUUGAAUUUUAUUUUUUAUUUUCAAAGUGCUGUCUUAUUUGUAUGGAAAAUGUGCUAUAUUUGCUUAUGUGAUAAUUUUCUUGAACAAAUUGAAUUUUUUGUUAUAGUAGAAUAUUUGUUAUCUUAGGCAUACUAGUUUAAGGGUAAAUGUUUGUGUGAUGGAAAAUUGGGAUCUUGCAGUGCUCAGGGCUUUGGUCAUGUCGUAGUUCAAAUGCUUGCCACUCGUAUCACCGACAGAAUGUAUAGGAACACCAUGAUUUUUUCUCUCUCUAAUAUCCCCACAUGUUGAAUGCAAGACUUAGGAAGAAAACCAUUCUUGAAUUUCCACAUGUAUACAAUUUCCCUCUUGAUAGUCAUGUUACAGAUGUGAUACAAUUGUGUGAGGAAUUCGCUGAGUGUCCCUGGUGUAAUGUUGAUAUAUAUACAUGUAUAUAAAACACAUUCCUGACCAGUCACUGGUGUGAAGGGUAAUAGGAGACACAUGUUAGUGAAGACUGAAGUUGUGAUUUUAUUUUCAUCUCAUACAAAGUAAAGAAGUUGAUAUUACCUUGGUUUGCAUUUUACGUGUAGAUAUUAUGCCUAGGUUAUAAGACAAUUACAUGUAGACCCGCAGUAGGUUCUUUAAUGAUAUGAAAUUUUCUAAGACUUUCAAAUAAUUAGUAUGAAAAAAAUAAUAGAAGGAGCUGCAACCAGUUUGAAAUGUUGCUAUUUUAACAGAUAAUAAUGUAGAGGUAAUGAUAAAAUACUAAUACAUGUAUCAUGUACUUGGAUAUCCAGUCGUGUAGCCAUGCCUACUGGAACCAGAGGGUCUCCUGUUGUGAUAUCAUAUUUUUUUCUUGCAAGACUGUGUGUUUAUUGUUGCUGUAAUUUGUUGCCAAUGUACUGAUUAUAAAGCUAAUGUAUGCAAUAUAAUAUUUGUACAAUAAAUUAAUGAAAUCUGAAUUCUUUCUGUCAUGGCACUUUAUAUAGACAUUUAAUUUAUUAAAUUUGAAGAAAUUAA